CUUCCGUUAACUUUCGCGAAUGCUAUUUCUUCAUUACGAUUAUAUUAAAGUAGACACAUUCAUAAAUUGUACAUACGUAUGGUGAGUACAGUCUCAUUGUAUAAGAAUCUUACUGAUGCAUGCAGUUCUGUUGUGCAUUAUAUGAAUAAUUUCAUCAAGUUGCCGGCUCAAUUCUACUAUUCUUUAUAUCGUAAUCACUUUUGGCAGUCAUCAAUUGAGCAUUAACCAAAACAAAUUACGUCGAUUAUGAGCA